GUAAUAUUCAAAACAACAAAUAUCUUAGUAAAGAUUAAUAUGAAUUAUGAAGGUCACAUUCCAAAUUUUCUUUAAACAUUUGUCCAAAUUCCUAAAUUUGACCUCCUCAAUGCCCUCUCCGAUUCCGAUUUUCACCCCCCGAUUCAAGCUUUUCCUACCCAAUUCCCUUCUUCAUUUUCGUCUCCACAUCGUUCCGAUUGCUGACUGAAACUCUUGUCCACCCCACCAAAAGGGAAGAAUCAGCAACGAAAAGUAGAAGGGCAAUACCUUCGAAUCCAAUCGAGAAACGACAUUCAAGAGUUACGAAUACACAUUUUCAUGCCAGCUUCCGCCAUUUAAUCAAACCCCUCUGAAUUGUAAAGUGGGUUUGGAGUGAGGAUGGUGUUGGUGUUGGCUUUGGGGGAUUUACAUAUACCACAUAGAGCUCCUGACCUUCCCGAGAAGUUCAAGUCUAUGCUUGUUCCUGGCAAGAUCCAGCAUAUCAUCUGCACCGGAAAUCUUUGUAUCAAAGAAGUUCAUGACUACUUGAAAACUAUUUGUCCGGAUUUGCACAUUACACGAGGUGAAUAUGAUGAAGAGACUCGCUAUCCCGAGACAAAAACUCUGACUAUUGGACAAUUUAAAUUGGGACUGUGCCAUGGGCAUCAGGUUAUUCCUUGGGGAGACCUAGACUCACUCGCCAUGAUGCAGAGGCAGCUAGAUGUCGACAUCCUUGUCACCGGUCACACCCAUCAAUUUACAGCUUACAAACACGAGGGAGGUGUGGUGAUUAACCCCGGAUCUGCAACAGGUGCAUAUAGCAGCAUCACCUAUGACGUCAACCCGAGCUUUGUCCUUAUGGACAUUGAUGGCCUUCGUGUUGUGGUCUACGUUUAUGAACUCAUUGAUGGAGAGGUUAAGGUAGACAAGAUUGAUUUCAAGAAAACAACCACGACUGCUCAUUGACUCGAACAAAUUGGCCUUUUUACAAACAUAAUGAAGUUAAUUUCUUUUAUGGAGUUGUUGUUGUGAUGCCUGUUAAACAAUGCUUAAUCUUGCUGAAAAGAUGCUGUUGUUUCUGUGGUGAUUGAUCCCAGAGAAGAGUUGUUGCGACUUUGUUUAUUCUAUAUUUUGACGAGGUUGUGCACAGAAA